AUGAGGCAGGUGGCAGUAGGAGCAGUGGAGGUGAGUAAUCAUGCAAUAAUGUUUGUAUUUCUUGCAGGACCUGUGGAAAGGAAGGUGCUUGUGAAUCUUCAGAAGUUAGAUGUGGCUCAGGAUAGUCUGGGCAACUAUGGUUUCUUCACUUUGAUUUACAAUCAAGGCUUUGAAAUUGUGAUAAAUGACUACAAAUGGUUUGCAUUUUUUAAGUACAAAAAGGAAGGUCAGAAUGUAACCAGCUACUGUAAUGAGACUCUACCAGGAUGGGUACAUGAUGUACUUGGCCACAAUUGGGCCUGUUUCAGCGGACAGAAGAUUUCUUCAUCUCCUUCAGAUGUUCACAUAAAUGAGCUACCUCUCCAUAAGCCCAGGGGAAGACUUUCAAGCAGACGUUAUGUGCACAACUUUGACUUUGUAAAUGCUAUCAAUGCUCACCAGAAGUCCUGGAGAGCAACAAGAUAUAAGGAGUAUGAGAAUUUUGCCCUGGAAGAACUAACUAGAAGAGCUGGGGGUCUCUAUUCCAGAGCUCCAAGACCAAAGCCUGCACCUCUAACACCCGAGUUACUCAAAAAAGUUUCAGGCUUGCCAGAAUCCUGGGACUGGAGGAAUGUGAAUGGUGUCAAUUACGUUAGCCCUGUUCGGAAUCAAGGCUCGUGUGGCAGCUGUUACGCAUUUUCAUCCAUGGGUAUGCUGGAAGCAAGGAUACGUAUCCUCACAAACAACACUCAGAAACCGAUAUUUAGUCCCCAGCAGGUUGUGUCUUGCAGCCAGUAUUCUCAGGGUUGUGAUGGUGGCUUCCCAUACCUCAUUGCUGGAAAGUACGUCCAAGACUUUGGUGUGGUAGAAGAGGACUGUUUCCCUUACACAGCCCAAGAUUCUCCAUGUACUUUCAAGCGCAGCUGUUACCACUACUACACUUCUGAGUACCACUAUGUCGGUGGUUUCUAUGGAGGCUGCAAUGAAGCCCUGAUGAAACUCGAGCUUGUUCUGCAUGGGCCAAUGGCCGUUGCCUUUGAGGUUUAUAGUGAUUUUAUGCUUUAUAAAGAGGGGAUCUACCAUCACACUGGGCUGCAGGAUGACUUCAAUCCUUUUGAGUUGACCAAUCAUGCUGUCUUGCUGGUGGGCUAUGGUACAGACCCAGAAAGUGGUGAGAAGUUCUGGAUUGUAAAGAACAGCUGGGGCACCUCGUGGGGAGAAGAUGGUUACUUCAGAAUCCGCCGUGGCACGGAUGAAUGUGCAAUUGAAAGCAUUGCAGUGAGUGCAACUCCUAUUCCGAAAUUAUAAAUGCAGGGGUAUUCUUCCAGUGCCUUGUCCCCAGCCAUAAAAACAUACCGAUUUGUUAGAGACGGGUUAAAAUCUGUCCCCAAGCUUGAACAGGGGAGCUUUAAUGAAAUUUUCCAGAAUAGAGCAAACAGUUUGCCUAGUUGAGAGGGUGAACACUGUUAGCUCUGCUCUGCGCACUGAAG